AAGUACUACUAGUAUGUGUUGGAGUUUACGAUAUUUUAUAUGAUUUUGGCAUGAUUUUGUUGAGCUAGGGAACUGGUGUGAUUCUGGUUGAAUAUGAAGGCUGCUGAUAUACGAGUAUGUUUUUCUCUGGCCCUUCUCUGUUUCUCUGUCAAUUGUCAAACUGGAAGUGCUCAUGACUCAAUCCGCAAUGGAGGUCAUCGUAAAUACUAUGAGACUGAUCCCUCUUUGCCAGAUGAUCAAAGUUCCAACUGGUAUGAUCAAGGAGAUGUAUCAAUUGAUGAGUCUGAGUCUGUUGCUGUAUCAAGGGAAUCUAGUACCCAGCAACUAAUGGAGACCAGUGCUCAGUCCAGUAGCAAUGAGCCCUUUGUCAGUUCACAGAAAGAUGAACAAGUUGAUUCGGAGCAGUUCUCUGAUACCAGGCCAGCUCAGACUUCAAGUUCCAGUCUUCUCUUAAUGCCUUUGCAGCAAGGAAAUGAGUCCAGCAGUUUGCAACCAGCAAAGACAAGCUUCCAAAAUCAGGCCAAGUCCAGUGUCCAACAGUCUUCUCAAGCCAACAGCCCGUCUCUGGUUCUGCCCAGUGUCCCACAACUACCACAAGCUCUCUACCCGUGUGUGCCCCAGCCUAGCGGCCUGCAGUCAGCACCCAGCUUCCAGUUGGUGCCCCAGCCUAGUGGCCUGCAGUUGGCACCACCUGGCUUCCAGUUGGUGCCCCAGCCUAGUGGCCUGCAGUUGGCACCACCUGGCUUCCAGUUUGUGCCCCAGCCUAGUGGCCUGCAGUUGGCACCACCUGGCUUCCAGUUUGUGCCCCAGCCUAGUGGCCUGCAGUCGGCACCACCUGGCUUCCAGUUUGUGCCCCAGCCUAGUGGCCUGCAGUCGGCACCACCUGGCUUCCAGUUUGUGCCCCAGCCUAGUGGCCUGCAGUCGGCACCACCUGGCUUCCAGUUUGUGCCCCAGCGUAGUGGCCUGCAGUCGGCAUCACCUGGCUUCCAGUUUGUGCCCCAGCGUAGUGGCCUGCAGUCGGCAUCACCUGGCUUCCAGUUUGUGCCCCAGCGUAGUGGCCUGCAGUCGGCAUCACCUGGCUUCCAGUUUGUGCCCCAGCAUAGCGGCCUGCAGUCGGCACCACCUAACUUCCAGUUUUUAACACAGCCUAGUGGUCCGCAGUCUUCAACUAGCUUCCAGUCCAUGUCCCAGCCCAGUGUUCAGCAACCAGCACAAGCCAGCUACCAAUUGGUGCUCCAGCCUAGUGGUGUGAAAUUGGCACCAACCAGCUUUCAGUCUGUGUUCCAGCCUAGUGGCCUGCAGCCUGCACCAACCAGCUUUCAGUCUGUGUUCCAGCCUAGUGGCCUGCAGCCUGCACCAACCAGAUACCAGUCUGUGUUCCAGCCUAGUGGCCUGCAGCCUGCACCAACCAGAUACCAAUCAUCAAAUGCUCGCUACCAGUCUGUGCCUAAGUCCAGUGGCCAAUCAGUGUAUCUUCGACCUAGAUUUCAGAGGUCUUCGGCGCCAUCAAGUUAUAAGUCUAUUUCCAGUUUUGCUUCCCAACCACUAGAGCAACCCAGUAAUGCAGAACAUGCUUCAAGUUAUGAGUCUGUGUUGCAGCCUGACUUCCAGGAAACCGCUUCCCUGCGCUCCCAGAAAACUCAAAGCAAACGCUUAUCACCAAGCAUGUGGAAACUAUUGCAGCAAGUGAAGUCAUAGCUGUGCAGUUGACUUGCCGUUUAUUUUACUGUUUUGAUCGGAAGCGUGUUUUUGAACAAUAAAUAUUGUUUAGACUUGU